GAGAAAUCCCACUAGUAGGAAGCCCGUUCCUUUUCUCGAAUCGAUCCACGCCCCCUUGUAGACCGUACCUUUCUUCUGUUUACACUUCUCUCUCUCUCUCUCUCUCGCGUUCGAGCAGCAUCGCCGCUCUUUGAAAUCUAAAUGCGGUGCCAAACCAUUGCCCUCGGACCAUCCAUUCCCUGCAAUGGCCUCCCGCCCCGACCCCUCUAUUCUCCAAGCCCUAGGGUGCUUCACGCCCCAAACUAUGGAGGUUCUGCGAUCUUCAGCUGCAGGGGCAUUGAACUCUCCCUUCUCAACCACCGUUCUCACUCGGCAGCGAGCUUCGCCACCAAACCGCCACUAGGGGAGAAAUUGAGGAGUCUCGGGGUCAAGAACAUCGAUGUCGCUACGCUUGGUAACCUCUGCGUUGAUAUCGUUCUCAAUGUCCAUGAACUGCCCCCGCCAUCUUAUGGCGAUAGGAAGGCCUAUAUGGAACAAUUAUCGGCUUCUCCACCUGAUAAGCAAUACUGGGAAGCUGGUGGCAAUUGCAAUAUGGCUAUCGCUGCUGCAAGACUGGGGCUUCAUUGCGUGACAAUUGGUCAUGUGGGCAAUGAAAUCUAUGGAUAUUUCCUCCAAGAUGUGCUUCAUGAUGAGGGAAUUAUUAUGGUUGGCAUGAGUGAAGAUAGUGUUCCCAACAGUUCUAGUGCCUCUUAUGAAACUCUUUUGUGCUGGGUUUUGGUGGACCCUUUGCAAAGACAUGGCUUUUGCAGUCGAGCUGAUUUUAGUAAGGAACCUGCAUUUAGUUGGUUGAGCAAACUAUCUGGAAAAGUGAAGAUGGCUAUUAAGCAGUCAAAGAUUCUGUUCUGUAAUGGUUAUGGUUUUGAUGAGCUAUCCCCGGGUUUGAUUGUUUCUUCUCUAGAAUAUGCUGUUGAAGUUGGCACUUCAAUAUUUUUCGAUCCUGGACCACGUGGAAAGAGCCUUUUAACUGGAACUCCUGAAGAAAAAAGGGCACUUGACUAUUUCUUGAGGAUGAGUGAUGUUCUUCUUCUAACUUCUGAGGAGGCUGAGUCAUUAACUGGCAUUGGAAACCCAAUACUAGCAGGGCAGGAGUUGCUCAGGAGAGGGGUACGCACAAAAUGGGUGAUUGUUAAAAUGGGUUCAAAGGGUUCAUUUCUAAUCACUAUGUCAAGUAUAUCUGUGGCACCUGCAUUUAAGCAGGUGAAUGUGAUUGACACAGUUGGAUGUGGAGAUAGUUUUGUAGCUGCUGUUGCAUUUGGUUUUAUUCACAAUAUGCCCAUGGUUAAUACAUUAGCAGUUGCAAAUGCAGUGGGUGCUGCAACUGCCAUGGGUUGUGGAGCUGGUAGGAAUGUCGCAAACUUGGAACAAGUCACAAAAAUCAUAAGGGCGUCAAACCUCAACGAGGAUGACCAAUUUUGGGAUGAACUACUAACUGAAACUAUUGAGGCCGAGGAAAUUAAAAUCCUCGCAAAAAGUGUAGUGAAUGGUGGCAGUGGUCGCCUAACCCAUGUCGCUAUACAAAACAUAGUUUCUGAAUUGCUGACCAAGCUUGGAUCUGCUGGGGUAAAAGGAAUAGUGCCAUCUUGAAAAAACUGAACAGCGAGGAAUUUGAUUUAACAAGAAUUAAUUGUCUCGGUUUUAAUGGGAUUGACUGAGCUGCCAGUGCUGUCGUGUUUGAUUUUGAUGGAGAAACAUGUUUUUCAGCAAUCAGUUUGUGUGGUUAAUUCCCUUGGUUUUGACAGGGUCGGUUCCCUCGCAGUUUGCACUUUUCUUGUGGAACUUCAGUAUGAGGUUGGGAUGAUUAUGCAGGUUGGGUUAAUCUUGGAUGAAAUUUAAAAUGCAAUGGUUGGUGGAAAAGUUCGGGUCUGAAAAAGUGGGGCUUGCUGGCUCUGCAUCUGCAGCUACAUUUUGGUGAGAAUUGGGAUGAUUUAACAUGAAUGGCCUCAGCAACAGUAGUGGUCUCACAGGGGAUUGGGAUGAUUUAGCAGAAUUUUGUUUUGUUUGGAAAUUACAAACCAUUUGAAAAGAUGUUCCAUCGUGCAACAUUGCAAAAUGUAUACGCUUUACAGCAUCCAUAUUCGUGCUCAUCUGCCGUGUAACAGGUUUUAACCAAUAAAGCAUUCUGAAUAGAAUGAUCUACAUCUACCCAGGGUGGUCGUGUACUGAAAUUUCAAUCUUGAACGUUCAUAUUGAAAGAUCUGGUGAUUGUGAAACAGCAUUCUUAAUUUCAAGAAUUCAUUUGUUUAUUCA